AUGGAGAAAUUCUCAUACAAUUCGUAUCCAGAUUCAGCUGAAUCGUCACCUAGAUCUCGCGAAAUCGAGUUUGACAAUCCACCGCCAUGGGAGGACCAGCAGCAGCAACAAACACAGAGCAGCUACAAGGUGAAGUUCAUGUGCAGCUAUGGAGGCAAGAUCCAGCCUCGUCCACACGAUAACCAGCUCACUUACGUAAACGGAGAUACCAAAAUCAUGUCCGUCGAUCGCGGCAUCAGAUUUGCUACUUUAGUGAAGAUCUCGAUGCGUUGA